AUGCAAAGGGGUUUGGAUUCACAAACUAAAAAACAACUAGAAGAGGAAGAAAAGAAGAUAAUUAGUGAAGAACACUGGUACCUUGAUUUACCAGAUCUAAAGGAGAAAGAGAGCUUUAUAAUAGAAGAGAGGAGCUUUAUGCCAUGUGAGGAUCUACUUUAUGGCAGAAUGUCCUUCAAAGGAUUCAAUCCAGAAAUUGAGAAGUUAAUGAUCCAAAUGAACUCUAGGUGCAAGGAAGAAGAAAUUGAAGUGGAUGGUAAAAUGGAGGCUGAUGUGUCAGAUGAAGAAAUGGCCAGAAGAUAUGAAACAUUAGUGGGAACGAUAGGGAAGAAAUUCUUGAGAAAAAGAGACCAGCAUGUACUCCAGGAUGAAGAUGAAGAUGGGAGUAGUAACACAAGACCUAGCAAAAAAGCAAAGAAAAAGUUCUUAAAACCUCAGGAUUAAUGUCAGCUGCACAACUGGAGCUAAUAGAAAUGUUAUCUUCCAAAUACACUAACAUGAACCGGAGAUUGUUUGGAGUUCUUGCUAUUUAAUGUAAAGGAUAGAUUUGUAAAUCUGAGUCUGUUCUCACUGAAAAUUCUACCAUCCGCACAACAAACGUUUUUCAAAGUGGAUGUGUAUAUAAUGGAUGUCAUACAUCCUUUCCUCUCUCAGCAGCUUUUAAUGUGUGGGGCACUAAUCCCAUCAGCCUUUUUAAAUGUUGUGCAUAACUAGAUCGAGUGUCACAAGCAAUCGAGAGCAACAUUAUUUACAAUUUAUGCUAACAUCUGAAAGAACUAUUUGGAGUAAAGACGUGCUUUGUCCAAUCCAGUAAGGCAGUUCAGCUUUCACUGUGUUUUCUAUUAUGAAAAUGAAAACCUUUGCUGUCUUCAAGUUGAAAAAAGUCAGCAGAAACAUGUUUUGGGGUUUUUUUACUGUGCUAAAAAUAAGAUGGGAAAAGAACAGAGAGAUAAAAUCCAUUUUGUUGAAUUUUAUUUUUUAUAAAGCUUAUUUAAAAAUAGAGGGGUUUGUAAAAACUUUUUUAUAGAGCAAGCCAAAUAUUGGGCAACAUUUACAGAUUGACGCUGGAGCAAAUUGUGAGUCUUAAUUUGUGUCUUCCAAAAGAAGUUUGCUAAUGUUGUCUCUUUUUCAGAAAAAAAAAAUCAAUCUUAUAAUUAUCUAGAUCUUGUCAUAAAAGCAUAAUAACGGUUUCAGAAACAUUUGAAAGCUGAAUAAAACCUGAUUUUUUUCUGUGGUUAA